AUGUCUUCUUCAUUCACUCGUCGUUGUGACGAACCUUCAAUGGAAUCUCGAGAUCAGGAACCCUCCCAAUCAAAUGAUUGGAGACUUUUAGAUACUGCAAAAAAAUUGUCAUAUAAAGACCUAAUGCUACCUGUUACUAUUAUACUCUGCAUGAUUAUCUCGGUAUUAAUAUCUGUUUAUGUGCCUUCUUCUCGGCAUGUAUUUGAUGCUAAAAAAGAUUUUAAUUUGGUAAAUGUCUCUAUCCCAUUAGCGAUUGGAAUGAUCGUUAUGAUGAUACCCCCUAUAUGUAAAGUACCGUGGGAGUCAAUACAUGUGUUCAUAUCGAAGAAUAGCGUGUGGAAGCACAUUGCGAUAUCCCUUGUACUCAACUGGGUGAUCGGACCUUUGUUAAUGACGGGGUUGGCAUGGUUGGUGUUAUUUAAGCACGAGGAAUAUCGUGAAGGUAUUAUAAUGAUAGGAAUUGCCAGGUGCAUUGCAAUGGUAUUGAUUUGGAAUCAAAUUGCGGGCGGAGAUAAUGAUCUCUGUGUCGUAUUGGUAAUCUGCAAUUCAUUACUACAGAUGUUUUUGUAUGCACCUUUACAAUUAUUAUAUUGCUACGUUAUUUCCGCUGGAAAUUUCCAAGGAUCCUAUAAUAGAGUGUUCGAAGAAGUAGCAAAAUCUGUUGGGGUAUUUCUCGGUAUCCCAUUACUUUGCGGUAUUGCUACUCGCAUGCUUUUCGUAUGUAUUAUCGGGAAGGACAAAUAUGAGAGAAAUGUUUUAAAGUAUGUUGCACCGUGGUCUACGAUAGGCUUGCACUAUACGAUUUGUGUCCUCUUCAUAAGUCGUGGUUACCAAUUAGUUCACGAGCUUGGAUCUGCAUUUUUGUGCUUCGUACCUCUUAUCCUAUAUUUUAUAAUUGCUUGGACCUUGACAUUUGUAUUGUUACGGUGCCUUACAAAGCAAUCAACAGAAGAUAAUCAAGAAUGCGAUUGUGACCAAGAAAAACUAUUGCUUCCUAAUAGUUGGGGCAAAAAGACAUGCACGUCGAACUUUCCUAUUACAAUGACACAUUGUUUUACAACAGCGUCUAACAAUUUUGAAUUGUCUUUAGCAGUUGCUAUAUCGUUAUAUGGAAAUGACAGUAAGCAGGCCAUUGCUGCAACUUUUGGUCCGUUGUUGGAAGUUCCUAUUCUAAUGAUGUUGGCAUUGCUAUCCAAAUAUUUACAUGCAAAAUUUAUGUGGGAAUCAGAAGGAAUUAGCUCAGGGCUUCGUUAUUCAUCGAAUGAUAGCUGA